AUGUGGUUCGGCGAGAGCGAGGCGAAUGUUAGGGAUUUGUUCGACAAGGCGCGGCAGAGCGCGCCGUGCGUGCUGUACUUUGACGAAUUGGAUUCCAUCGCGGUUCAGCGAGGCGGGAGUCAGGGGGACGCCGGCGGGGCAGGGGAUAGGGUUUUGAACCAGCUGCUGACUGAGAUGGACGGGAUGUCGGCGAAGAAGACUGUGUUUGUGAUCGGGGGGACGCGACGACGGUGGCGGCGACCUUUCCUCACUUCGUCUCUAUCGUGA